UUGGCCGAACGGGGCGGUGACAAGAUGCGGCUGGGUAUAAAAUGCUGACGCUUCUCCAGCACUUCCCGUGUCCGUAUCCCGAGCAGAUCCAACAAUGAGGGAGAUAGUGCACAUCCAGGCCGGCCAGUGCGGCAACCAGAUCGGGGCCAAGUUCUGGGAAGUCAUAAGCGAUGAACAUGGUAUUGACCCAUGCGGAAACUAUAUUGGGGAUUCUGACCUCCAGUUGGAGAGAAUCAGCGUCUACUUCAAUGAAGCUUCCUCACUCAAAUAUGUUCCCAGGGCAAUCCUAGUAGAUUUAGAACCAGGAACUAUGGACAGUGUCCGCUCUGGAGCUUUCGGACAUCUUUUUCGACCAGACAACUUCAUAUUUGGACAGAGCGGUGCUGGUAACAACUGGGCAAAGGGUCACUACACUGAAGGAGCUGAAUUGGUGGACUCUGUGUUGGAUGUAGUUCGCAAGGAGUGUGAGAACUGUGAUUGUCUUCAAGGCUUCCAACUCACUCAUUCUCUAGGUGGGGGCACAGGCUCUGGAAUGGGCACUCUCCUAAUAAGUAAGGUCAGAGAGGAGUACCCUGACCGCAUAAUGAACACUUUUAGCGUUGUCCCUUCGCCAAAAGUAUCUGACACAGUAGUUGAACCAUACAAUGCAACACUCUCCAUCCAUCAGCUGGUGGAAAAUACAGAUGAGACCUACUGCAUUGACAAUGAGGCUUUAUAUGACAUCUGUUUCCGUACUCUCAAAUUGGCUACUCCAACCUAUGGUGACCUUAAUCAUCUGGUCAGUGCCACAAUGAGUGGAGUGACCACUUCUCUCAGAUUCCCUGGCCAACUCAAUGCAGACUUGCGUAAGCUAGCAGUCAAUAUGGUACCUUUCCCUCGUCUACACUUCUUUAUGCCAGGCUUUGCACCACUGACUGCCCGUGGCAGCCAGCAGUAUAGGGCAUUGACUGUCCCUGAGCUCACCCAACAGAUGUUUGAUGCCAAGAACAUGAUGGCUGCUUGUGAUCCUCGCCACGGGCGUUACCUGACUGUAGCCACUGUCUUCCGAGGACGCAUGUCUAUGAAGGAAGUGGAUGAACAGAUGCUUUCUAUCCAAAAUAAGAAUAGCAGCUAUUUUGUGGAAUGGAUCCCCAAUAAUGUCAAAGUUGCUGUCUGUGAUAUUCCACCCCGUGGCCUCAAGAUGUCUUCCACAUUCAUUGGCAACAGCACUGCCAUUCAGGAGUUAUUCAAGCGUAUCUCUGAGCAGUUCACUGCCAUGUUCAGGCGCAAGGCUUUCUUGCACUGGUACACCGGAGAAGGCAUGGAUGAGAUGGAAUUCACAGAGGCUGAAAGCAAUAUGAAUGACCUGGUGUCAGAAUACCAGCAGUACCAAGACGCCACUGCAGAGGAAGAGGGGGAAAUGUAUGAAGAUGAUGAGGAGGAGUCUGAAGCUCAGGGGAAAUAAGGGAACUACUGCAAAGCCAGAUAACAUCAGAAAUAGCUCCCUACAGGUUUAGGAAGUCCACUCAUGCUACAUGUGUUGCUUCUAAGUUAGGAUUAUAGAACCUUCCAGUUUCAGAUCAUGUGUCUUAUGCCAUCAUUCCCUUAAAUUUUCUUUUUGCUGCCAAAGAGCAGUGCAGUAUGUACUAUGCUCCUAGCAGGUAUGAAAGUGAAGAUGCUUAUUUACAAAAAGUUGUUGUAUCUUGCUGAGAAAAUUGGGGUACAAUUGUUACUAAAAGGCACUGCUUAGAAUGUGCUGCACCUUAAAUAACCUUUUAACUCUUGGCAGUUUCAACAGCAGAGCAUUGUUCAGCAUUCAACAACGUAUAAUUGCAGGCUCCAGAUUUGAAUCUUCUAAUUGAUUGGCACUUUAAUAAAUGCUCCCUGUUGUAUGUUGACCUUUGUAGGUGUUUGCAACUGAAGAAGUGUUGUUGUAAUAGUGAUUGAGGUUAACAAAGGAUAAAGCUUUUAAAGGUAAGAGUGGAAAAUAACAGUAGGUUUGCAUUGACUAGUGAUAUAAGCUUAUGAUCCUCCUUGUGUGUGUGUUAGAGGAGGUUUCCUUCCCUGAAGAGCUUCAAGUUUAGGCAAAGCAGUAGGAAAUAUGAAGGUAGCUGUAGGAUGUAAGCAUACUGUAGUCUUGGGAUCUGAGGUGGUAUUUUAUGCUAAUAGGAAGAAAUGUGCAGCUAUGGCAUCGAUUGAUGCUCAAAUGCUAAAGCAGCAGAAAGAUCUCACCAUGGUACAUACACAUUUGUUUGUCUCUUACCAUUUUUAUCUGUCCGAUAUGUUUUUAUGUGUUUUUUUUGUAUGUUUUACUGGAUUAUUUAUUUUUAAAUAAAUAAACUUCCUGCUGUGUAACAUGUGA